GCGCUGACAUCAGCACAGCUUCCUGCCCGCCGACACCGCUGUGCUGCACAUUCACCCCGGACCCACACAGCCCCACGGCACGGGGCGGAGAGCCCCAGACAGCCCCACAACCCAGGCUCGGUGAGCCCUGGGGACCCUCGCCACCGCUGCCCCGUGACAGCCAGCGCCAUGGAGUCGGUGGCUCUGUACAGCUUCCAGACAACGGAGAAGGAUGAGCUGCCCUUUCAGAAAGGAGACAUCCUGAAGAUCCUCAACAUGGAAGAUGACCAGAACUGGUACAAGGCUGAGCUGUACGGCUGCGAGGGCUUCGUCCCCAAAAAUUACAUCAAGGUCAAGCCACAUCCGUGGUACGCAGGCAGGAUCUCCCGGCACCUGGCAGAAGAGCGGCUCCUCAAGCGCAAGCACCUGGGAGCCUUCCUGAUCCGUGACAGCGAGAGCACCCCAGGGGAGUUCUCCAUCUCCGUCAACUACGGGCUGCAGGUCCAGCACUUCAGGGUGCUCAGGGAGAGGAACGGCAAAUAUUUCCUCUGGGAGGAAAAGUUCAACUCCCUCAACGAGCUGGUGGAUUUCUACAGGACGACCACCAUCGCCAGAAAGGAACAGAUCUUCCUCCGGGAUGAGGACCAAACCCAGGAGGUAAGGAGACCCAAAUUCGUGCAAGCCCAGUUCGACUUCUCAGCUCACGAUGGCUCCCAGCUGCCCUUCCUCCGCGGGGAUAUCAUCGAGGUCCUGGACUACCCCGACCCAAACUGGUGGCUGGGCAAGAUCUAUGGGUGUGUUGGCCUCUUCCCCCGCAACUACGUCCACCCCAUCCACAAGUGAGGUGCCACCAGCGCUGCGGACAGGACUGCAGCCUCUGGUUUUCCCCACUCACCGGAGCUGCUUUGGGACUGCAUGGAGUCUGCACAUCCCUUCAUCCCGAUGGAUGGUGCCCAUCCCCACGCCAGGCUGCUGACAUGUAGUCCCAGUGCUACAUGGGCUGUGCUGGAAGUAGAGGCAAGGCUGCAGUGCUCCCCAUGUGGGAUCUGCCUGGCUCCUGGCUCCAACACCCUGCAACAUCGGGUCUCCCUGCUUCCCAACCCAGGAGACAUCCAUGGCCCCCAGGCAUCACCUCUCACUGCAGGCUGGCAGUGGUUCUCUCUGGGAAGAGAGUGAAGAGUGUUGAACUGGGGCCAUGAAAACUUCUCCAAAGCUGUGACCCAGCGGGAUGGGAGAAACAGGAGAGGAAGACCACAUCUGUGUCAAAUCUUCUCCAGACCCUGUAAGCGAAGCCCUGGCUUCAGGGUGGGCUGCAGGCAGCCAGGAUGCGGCCAAAUAACACCGUGGAGGGAUGCUGGGGCUUGGGGUGUCAGGAAAGGCGGCUCUGGAAGGAUUCAGUCCCACAGGUGCU